UAUAAGAGUAAAUUUAAGUAUUCGAUUCGAGUCGCGUUAACCCUUUGUCAAAGUGGCAAUGGCGGUGUGCUCCAUCUCUCCUCCACCGGUGGCGGUGAUCCAUCGCGGCGCAGGCAAGUCUCACACGACCGCCGCUGGGAGCAGCGGCAGGAGCGUGGAUUGGGCCGCUGUUAGGUUUCAUCCAUCCCGCACGGCGAUGCACAUCGCAUUUGAUUCCAUCCAUUCCGGGAGCACCAGUGGCGAGCAAGACCCAACGCGGAGUUUAGUCCCAUUGAGCAAUCCUUUCCAACCCCUCUCUCAGGAGAUGGCGAUGGGAUUGGUUCUCCAAGCCGCUAGCGGCAAAGGCUGGACGACUGACUCGGGUUUGGAAGGCCCGGCAUUUACCUCCAAAGAAAACUCGAGCCUCUCGGAGGAGAACCAGUGGCCUCUUCUAAGCAAAUCCCCACGACGAAGAAUGAGAGUGGCGUUUACUUGCAACGUUUGUGGAGCGCGAACUAUGAGAGCUAUCAAUCCUCACGCUUACACAGAUGGAACAGUCUUCGUCCAGUGUAAAGGAUGCAACGUUUUCCACAAGCUCGUUGAUAACCUCAAUCUCUUCUACGAGUGGGAUGGCCGCUUGUACAAAUCCAACACCAAGUCUAUUCCUCCCACUGGAAAGUUCUACCGGUUUUUGCACACCGACGACGAGGUUGCGGCACCACCACCGUCGCAAGAAGAUUUCUAGCUGUGGCCCCUGAUGUAAAUACUUCGACGAGAAAACCAAGAGAGAAAAAUUUCCCAUAGAAAAAGGUACAUACUUGGGUGAAAAGUUAGCUGCCCGCCGAAGCUGUUAUGACUAACCCAGCUGAUGAAGCAUCCGCGAGUCUCUCGUGUUCCUUGUUAAGCAUCUGCACAGCAAGAGAAAUAUAUUGUAAAGCUUUUCUCCUUUCAAUAACGAUACCUUGUUGUUGA